AUGGAAAUCCAAAGGAAAGAUAAAAUAAUUGAUGACCUCCGCAAAAGCCAAGUUGUUCCACUACCAUCCACAUCAAAAAUGUUUUCUUCUACUAAUAAUCAAAUAGAUAAAACUGAAGCCAAUAAAUUAUCUGAAAACAAGAAUAAUACAGAACAAAUUCAAAAUACUAUAGAAAAAUCCAAAGUACUAAACCCCACUAAUAAUGAUAAUAUUACUACCAUUGUCAUCAAGCCUGAUCGUGAUAUUCCUAAAACAAUUUAUUCUAAAAGAAUGUGUCAAAAAUUAGCUCAACAAAAUUAUACUAUUGGAUCCAAAAAACAGAUGUCACAAAAUACAAAUACAAACACAAAUACCGCUGAUAAAAUAACACAAGAUACAAAUGAAGAUCUUAAUAACGAUAAAGAUACAUCAAAAGAAAUGUCUACUUCCCUUAUUCAUAAUGAAUCUAAAGAUAUUAUUAAUUCUACGCUAGUAAUUUGUGAAUCUGAUGUAACACCAAGUGACUGUGAACUUGAUACUACCCCAGUUAUUCAGUGUGACAAUCAGGAAAAAAAUAAAGAAAAUGUUUCCAUAGAUUCAUUUUUUUCGAAACUAAAAUCACCAUCUAAAUUGAAAAAAAAAUUAAUCAUAACUCCAGCUACUAUUGGUGUUCAAAACACUCAUACCAAAACGUUCAAAUGUGCUAAAAAAAUAAACCAAAAUAACAGUUUAGCUUCAAUAACAGAAUGUGAGAUUACUAAUUCACCAGAAAAACCAGUAGAAAAAUCUUUAAAUAAAGACACUCUGUCAACAUGUAUUAAAAAUAAUUUUCCAGAUCCAAAAAUUGAGGAUAAACUACUUACAACAGAUAUACUUCAUAAUCAACCAUUAUUGACUUCUGAAAAAAAUAAUCAAAUACAAUCUUUGAAUAUUGAAGUUGAACAAUUCCCUAUUAGAAGAAGAAAAAAAGUUAUAGAAAAGGAUAGUAAUACUCUUACAUUAAUUAAUAAGGAAAAACGUUCACAGAAAACUGUUACUUGUACGAGUUCUUCAGUCGAUAAUGAAUUUAACAAGUCAAUAGAGAAUGUUAAAUGUUUGUCCAUGAAUAAUGAUAGAGAAUCAUCAAGUCCACCUCAACAAAAGAAUUUUCAAUCAAAAUGUAAUUUUGAUACUCUUGAAUGUGCAAAUAGUAAGACAGAGUCUAAACACUUAAAUAAUUCUUGUAAAAGUUCUUUCGAAAAUACAUCUUUUGAAACAGGUCCCACUAAUAGAUCUGUUGUAUCAUCCAUCAAUAUUGAAGUUAAACAAGUUCCAAUUACAAGAAAGACAAAGGCAAUAAAAAAGGAUAAUAAUACUUUAAACAAAUCUAAAAAAGUCACCCAGGAACCAUGCAUUAAAGAUCAUAAAAAUAAGUAUGAUUCAAAUACAGAUGAUAAACAGCUUUCAACAGAUACACUUCAUAACCAAAAAUUAUCUACUUAUGAUGACAAAAAACUAAAAUCAUCUAUAAAUAUUGAAGUUGAACAAGUUCCAAUUAUAAGAAAAACAAAA